AUGCGCUUAAAGUUAGGGAGCCCACAAUCAUCACUCACUGAAGUCAAGGCUUUUUCAGAUUGGCUCAUACAAAUUGGUGAAGGAACUAUUGGAGAUAACAAUAAAGGUGGAGAAGCUAAUGUUCAAUUCCUGGAUGAUGUGCUUAUCAAAUAUGAUGGUGAUCAUAUUAAGGCCAUUAUUGAUGCAAUUUAUCCCGAUAUUAACGAUCACCUCCAUGAACCUGGAUAUUUUUGUGACAAGGCUAUAUUAGUUCCAACUAAUGACGAGGUUGAUCGCAUCAAUGACCAUGUUUUGUCCCUGAUAAAAGCCGAAGAGAGGACAUACUUCAGUUCAGAUCGUCCAUGUGAAACCGAAUCACUUGACGCCUUUCAACAAUCUUUAUAUUCACCAGAUGUUCUAAAUGGAUUUAAGAUCUCCGGUACACCAAACCAUAAGCUGCUUUUAAAACCAAGUGUUCCUGUUAUGCUCCUUCGAAAUAUAGAUCAGUCUAAAGGUUUGUGUAUUGGAACAAGAUUGCAAGUUGUGCGUAUGGCUCCCCAUGUCAUAGAAGCAAAAAUCAUCUCAGGUUCAAAUGUGAACGAUGUAGUCUACAUACCAAGGAUGAAGAUUACACCAUCAGACAAACGCAUACCAUUUAAGUUUCAAAGGCGUCAAUUUCCUUUGGUUGUUUGCUUUGCCAUGACCAUAAAUAAAAGCCAAGGACAGUCAUUAGCUCAAGUGGGAUUGUUUUUACAACGUCCGGUUUUCACGCAUGGUCAACUAUAUGUCACACUUUCAAGGGUUACGAUCAAAUCUGGUUUGAAGAUCCUUAUUGUCAAUAAAGGUGGAAAAAAUUCAAGCAAAACAACCAAUGUCGUCUAUAAAGAAGUGCUACAAAAGAUUUGA